AUGCCUGACGCAUUCACCAUUGCUGCCAUGAAGGCUGCACGUCGGAGGGAGUCCAAGGAGACGAUCACAAGCGAGGCACCGGACGUUGGCCGAUCUUCUGAAGCUGGGAGCCUGGAACAAGCCCAGGUUCCGAAGCUGCAGGACAUCUCUCCACGCCCGGAUGCUUUGAAAAGCUCUCGUUCCACGGAGGCACUGACCACCUGGCGCUCCGCGGCCUCGCGGGCUUCGCGCGCCUCCCGGGCAUCCACCAGCAAAAGCGGCAAGGGUGUCGAGGCGAAAAUGAUGAACUUGAUCCAAAAGUGCCUGGACAAGAAGGUGCUUGAGAUGCAAGAGGUGAAGGUCCAACCGCCCGCCAGUGAGGUGAGCUUGAGUGCUCGCUCCAGCGAGACUGUGCUGACUCAGAUGACCCAGGUCGAGGCACCAUCCCAUGUCGAGACCGACACGAGCGUGAAGGCAGAGCCUCAGCCAGAAGCGGUGACCAUGGCCGGCAGGCGGGCACAGGCACAGAAGCUUUCCGGUGCUGCACUUGGUAAGUUCGACGAUGACCAGUCACGCUUGGCUUACCUGGACAUGCAAAAAAGCGCUGCAGAUGCUCGCAACAAGAAUCGCUCUUCCCUCUGCUUUGGAUACGAGCCACCCUCUCGUGAGCCACAGGCAGAAGGCCAAAGCAUGGCCAACAAGCGUGCUCAGGCUCAGAAACUCUCGGAUGCCUCCCUUGGAAAGUUUGAUGCCGACCAGUCUCGCCUUGCUUAUCUCGAGAUGCAGAAGAGUGCCGCGGAGGUGCGGAACAAGAACCGCUCCGCCCAUUGCUUCGACAAGGCAGACGUUCCCCAGUACCCCGCUCUGCUGCACAAGGCGGACGGGCCAGUUGACAAGAAGGGCCAAGGGACGCAUGCCACCAUGGCAGGCAAGCGUGCCAAGGCCCAGAAGGUUUCGGAGGCUACGUUGGGCAAGUUCGACGCGGACAAGUCCAUGGAUGCAUACCUUGACAUGCAGAAGAGUGCGGAGGAGCUGCGCAACAAGCACCGGGUCGGUCAAGGCAUCUUCUGA